UUUGGAAAAUUCUGGACAUCUCAGAAAAUAUCAACCUGAACGAUUGGCAAAUUGUAAUGAUUUCCUUUAGCACUAGGACCCAGCAGCAGGCUCUACAUUGCCGUGUCGCAGCUUAAUGAUGUUGAAAGGAGGAGUCCUUUAGAAUUAGUGGGGAUUUGGACCGGAACUCCAAUGGCAACAGAGCCUAGGGCGAAGAAAAGAAACAAGAGCGCGUUCGUGAGCCAUGCGGCCAAGAAACACCGCGGGAGCAGGGAGCUGGAGGUGGGGAUGCAAGGACUGCUCAUCACUUGCAAUAUGAAUGAGAAGAAAUGCACGGCCGAAGCGUACAGCCUUCUGAACGAAUAUGCGGACCAACUGUAUGGCCCAGAGAAGUUUGUAGAGGAACCAAAUAGUGAGGAUGAGGAGGAUGAUGAUGAUGAUGAUGCAGAAGCUGCUUUGGAGAAGGAAGUAAAGCAGAUCCGCACAUCAACACAAAAACAUCUCAGGCGAUUCCAGGCUUUGGACAGUGGAGCCAACAAUGUGGUCUUCAUCAGAACUCUUAACAUUGAACCUGACAAAUUAGUACACUACAUUUUGAAGGAUCUGUACGUAACCAAGAAGAAGAAGACUCGAGCUAUACUGCGAAUGUUGCCAGUGUCAGGGUCAUGCAAGGCUUUCAUGGAGGAGAUCCCAAAGUAUUUUGAGACUUUCCUGGAACCCUGGUUCAAAGCUCCAAAAAAGGCUACUUUCCAGAUCGUUUAUAAAGCUAGGAACAAUAGUCAUAUGAGCAGAGAUGAUGUCAUCAGGGCUCUGGCAGGGGUAGUAAUAAAUUUGAAUCCUGAAAACAAAGUGGACCUUAACAACGCCGAAUAUACCAUCAUUGUGGAAAUAAUCAAAGGUGUCUGUUGUGUGAGCGUCGUCCAGGACUAUAUACUUUUUCGCAAAUAUAAUUUGCAAGAAGUGGCAAAAAAUGACAUUGAAGGAAAAUUGAAGAAAAACAUCUGUGCUCUUCCCUCUGAGAAUGAUAGUCGCCAAGAGUCAAAGGAGCCAUCAGAUGCAAGGGAACUUAAGAUGAAAGAUGGGCAAGAUGAGCAGGAACUGGAACAAUCCGCUGGAAAUGGUAAAGGAAGUCUUCAGGAGCAGAAAAGUGGUGAAUAGAGUCUUGAGAAAGAUGAUUUGAUUCACAACGUUGAAAAACCUGUCUUGGUCAAUGUCCAUUGGGAUGUGACCUUUACACAGACUGGUUCUUAUUUUGUUUUUGUAUACAAAAUCUUUUUCUAACCAAUGAGCAAGUUGCAUCUCUGUGUAUUUUAGGAGGAGGAUGUCCCUCCUGCUCACUCCAGAAGGUUAUAUUUCACAAACGGUGUAUGUGCAGGAUGAAAAGAGUGCUAUACAGUAAGAUUCUUUUGGCCUGAUUGUUACUGACAACUUUUUUUUUAGAAACAAAAUACAUUUGGCCAUCUUUUAAGGGAAGUUGAAAUGUUGCAAUUUGAUUUUACCUCUCAGAAACUCUUGACUUAUUUUAUCAGCUAAUGCACUAUUUGGAAUGAAUUGGGACUUGAAAUAUUUCCUGUAAUGAUUAUAGUUGUCAUGUUCGGUUUAACCUGCAUAUGGAAGAGUGUUAUGAAAUGAUGCUAUGGAUCUGAAAAUUGUGCUUCUUGAGCCUGUAAUUUUGAUCUUUGAAAGAAAAAUUAAUGAUGGUCAGUGAACAA